UUCACCGCGCUAUCUGUUUGACUUAAUGCUGGUUUAAUACAAAUAAAUGUCCCUUUUAAUAUAAAAAUACAGUUUUUGAAUCCGGUCAGCAAAUAAUAUUUUCAUCCUCCAGCCGGAAUAUCUGGAAGAACAUCUGAAUUGAGAUCUGCUGCUGUGAAGAUGAUGUUUGUUAAAGAGGAGAGUGAAGAGAACUCGAGUGAAACAGAAAAACUGAGAAUAAAACAAGAGGAACCAGAAACCUGGAGAAUAAAACAAGAGGAACCAGAAACCUGGAGAAUGAAACAGGAGGAACCAGAAACCUGCAGAUUAAAUGAAGAGGAACCAGAAACCUGCAGAUUAAAUGAUGAGGAACCAGAAACCAGGAGAAUAAAAUCUGAGGAACCAAAAAUGUUGAGAAUAAAAGAGGAGGAACCAGCAGCAAAACCCAUUGAGAAAAAAACACGAGGAACCAGAAGGCCCAAUGAAAGUGAAAGAAGAAGAGAUCUGAAUGAGGUGGAGAAGAAACAUCAGCAUCAGAAAGAUCAUAAUAUCACUGCUGGAGAAAAAUCAGUGAGUUGCAGCAUUCAAAUAACAGAUGUCGAAAGACCUUUCAGCUGCUCUCCAUGUGGAAACACUUUCAAACAGAAAGGACGCUAUAUGAAACGCAUCAGAAUUCAUAGUGAGGAAAAGUCUUUCAGCUGCGCUCAGUGUGGACACACUUUCACACGUAAAGCAAACCUUAAGAAACACAUGUUAAUUCAUAGUGGGAUAAAGCCUUACAGCUGCUCUCAGUGUGGAAAGAGUUUCACACAGAAAUGGCAACUUAAGGAUCAUCUGCUAACGCACUCUUCAGAAAAGCCUUUCGUCUGCUCUCACUGUGGAAACACUUUCACACGUAAAACAAAUCUGAAGACACACAUGUUAAUUCAUACCGGAAUAAAGCCUUACAGCUGCUCUCAGUGUGGAAACACUUUCACACGUAAAACAAAUCUUAAGACACAUAUGUUAAUUCAUACUGGGAUAAAGUCUUACAGGUGCUCUGAGUGUGGAAAGAGCUUUACACAGAAAGGACACCUUAAUGAUCAUGUGGUUAGUCACUCUUCAGAAAAGCAUUUCAGUUGCUCUCAGUGUGGAAAGUCUUUCAAACAUAAAGUAAGCCUUAUGAAACACAUCAGAAUCCAUAGUGGGGAAAAGCCUUUCAGCUGCUCUCAGUGUGGAAACCGUUUCACAUGUAAUGAAAACCUUAAGAAUCACAUGUUAAUUCAUAUAAAACCUUUCACCUGUUCUCAGUGUGGAAAGAGUUUCACCUGUAAACGAGGAUUUAAUCAUCACAGGAGAAUUCACACUAGAGAGAUGCCUUACCAGACAAUUCCUACAAAGUAAAACCCCCAUGUCUGUCCUCAGGGUCACCACUAUGGGACGCCCAUGUCAGUCCUCUGUGUGGAAGGAGAUUUCGUAAAGCUUUAGAUGACAGCCCGGAAUUUACAGUGCAAGUAAACUGAAUUUACAGUAAACAUUUUUAUAAUAAUAGACUACCUAUACAUUACAUCCAUGUAUACAAAUGCUGCUUGUUAAUCCAAUACAUUAAUCGUUAACUGAUCAAAUUAGAAUAAUAAAUUAGUAUUAAAGUGAUCAUAUGACAUUGCUAAAAAGAACAUUAUUUUAUGUAUUUGGUGUAAUGAAAUUUGUGGCUUAAGGUUAAAAAAAAAACAUUAUUUUCCACACUGUACAGUGUUUCUCCUCCAUGCCUUGCCUUUGUGAAAUGUGUCAAUUUUUAAAAAGCUCAUCGUUCUUUAAAACGAGGUGUGCUCUGAUUGACUGACAAUACAAUGCUUUGUGAUUGGCUGAAUGCCUCAGGUGUGACAGAAAUGUUACGCCCCUUGAACAUACUGUGAUGCCGCGUCCCGGUUAUAAUGCUUACACGACAAGACAAAACCAAUAAAAACCCAUUACAAGUGAUGCCUUUGUUGCAUCCAGUGGGGACAUAAUUACUGAUUAUAAUGACUUAUACUGCUGUGUUGCAUUGCAUAUCAUGCUGUAUAAACAUAAAACCAUGUCUGCAUUUGUGUUCCGAGAAAUGACAACGAAACGACAAACGAGCUACUCUACACUGCUCAAAACUCACGUUUGAAUAGUCAAAGGCAAAAUUGUAAAAUAUGAAAACACAUUUACAGUCUGUGAGUCAGAAGCACUAGACUGUCCUUGCAAAGUUUAAAUUGCUCCACUUUAUAGAAACACCCACCGGCAUUGUAGGCUAGGUCUUAGUCCUCCAUAAAAUGUGCUUGACACAUCUGAAUAUUUGGGUUGAACUGCAACUUAACCACUGAUUUCUAGAUGGUUCAACAAAGGAAUUAAUGCAUACACAAAGUACUAUAUUAUUAGUAAUAAUAGGCAAACAUUAUAAUACAUUCUCGUUUGCCAUCAGUAUUAAGCAAAUACACUUUUAUAUAAUUUAAACAAAUCUUUGAAUGACUAAUGAACAUUACAUUUCAAAAACCAGCAAAUUUAGUCAAAUCCAGCUCUGAUAUCUUGUGAAGUGUAUAUUUUUAUCCAGAAUGAUCAUGUGUUCUCUGCCUGAUGGUCAGUCCGUGUGAAUUGAAUGCUUUAAACUUGUGAUUUCAAAUUAUGCUACGCUUUAUGCAUUUGCAUACUGUCAUAUUCAUGUCAUUUUCACUGUGUGCUGUCUGUAAAAUGGGUGUCACCCUGGCUUUGAAAAAUAUGAUUCCAAGUGCACACAAACUUGCCAGAAUACUGAGUGCUCUGCUGGUAACAGUGUUUACUUCCCUUUUAAUUUGAUCUUAUUUAAUAUUUAUUUAUUAGUGAAAAAUACUUUGUCAUCUAAAGUAUGUUUAUUUUACACAUUUAUUUUUUAUCCAUUGUCAAAUUAAUUGUUCAAAUUUUGUAAAUAAUAAUAAUAAUAAUAAUAAUUUCCCAAAUUUUGACAUUGGCUGUCAAUGUUUAGAACAAGUGCAUUCAGAAGAAAUUAGCUCCCAGUCAUGUGGAAAUGUAAAUAGUCUUGUGUAAGUAAAGAACAAAGAAAGAGAAGUAAGGCGAACCUGAUUUUUCUUUUAGACAUUAACAGACAUGAAUUAAGUUCUUUGUAAAUACAUGUACCAUAUUCUAAACAUGUCUAUGUUCUUUAGGCUUUAUGUUUAUGGUGGUUUCACUAUCCAUAUUUGUCCAUGCCAUAAUUGUCUAAUUAUAACUGUCAAUUUAAUUGACAGUUAAGAUCUUAUUUAUACAUAAAUGAUAUGUGGAUGUACCACAAAAUGUCAUUAAAGAUGAAUGAAA